GGUCUCCUCCCCCUUCCUCUUUAAAUCGGGCGCCCGGACGCCUGGGUCCAUCCUGCGCUGCGAGGGGGCUGCGGGAAGGGGGGACGCGAUGCCGGCGCCUUACACGCGGAUCCUGGGCCUAGGAGCCUCCUCUAUCAGAUGUUGGUCCGUUGCCCCAGUGCGCUGGGCGCAUGCCCCGCGGGUGCUCCACGGGGACCUGGGCAAACUUCCGGGCCGGGUGAAGGAGUUUGUGGAUCACGGGGUGCGACUCUGUCAGCCGGAGAGCAUCCACGUUUGUGACGGCACCGAGAAGGAGAACGUCAGAAUCCUGAACUACCUGGAGUCUGAAGGCGUCAUCAAGCCACUGGGGAAAUAUGAGAACUGCUGGCUAGCUAAGACCGACCCCAAGGAUGUCGCACGAGUGGAGAGCCGUACGGUCAUUGUGACAGAAAACCAGAGGGACACGGUGCCCAUCCCUGCGCCGGGGAUCAAAGGGCAGCUUGGCAACUGGAUGAACCCCCAAACAUUCAAGGGAGCAGUGGACGAGCGUUUUCCUGGCUGCAUGAAAGGCCGCACCAUGUACGUCAUCCCCUACAGCAUGGGGCCCAUCGGCUCGCCCCUCUCCAAGAUCGGCAUCCAGCUCACGGACUCGGCCUACGUGGUCGCCAGCAUGCGCAUCAUGACCCGGAUGGGCACAGCCGCCCUCCGCACGCUCGGCGACGGGGAGUUUGUCAAGUGCUUGCAUUCGGUGGGGCGGCCUUUGCCCCUGGAAGAUGAGUUGGUGAACAACUGGCCGUGCAACCCCGAGAAGACCCUCAUAGCCCAUGUCCCGGAACGCCGAGAAAUCGUCUCCUUUGGCAGCGGCUACGGAGGCAACUCCCUCCUGGGCAAGAAAUGUUUUGCCUUGCGCAUUGCCUCUUGCAUUGCCAAAGACGAGGGUUGGCUGGCAGAGCAUAUGCUGAUCCUGGGACUCACAAACCCAGAGGGCAAGAAGAAGUAUGUGGCCGCAGCCUUCCCCAGCGCCUGCGGAAAGACCAACCUGGCCAUGAUGAACCCCACGCUUCCCGGCUGGAGGGUGGAGUGCGUGGGGGACGACAUUGCGUGGAUGAAGUUCGACAGCGACGGCUGCUUGCGGGCCAUCAACCCUGAGAAUGGCUUCUUCGGGGUGGCGCCCGGUACGUCCACCAGAACCAACCCCAACGCCAUGCACACCAUCCAGCGGAACACCAUUUUCACCAACGUGGCAGAGACCAGCGAAGGUGGCGUCUACUGGGAGGGCAUCGACCAGAUGAUCCCUGCGGGGGUGACCAUCAGCACCUGGCAGGGCAAACCUUGGAAACCAGGUGACGCGGCGCCGGCCGCCCACCCCAACUCGCGCUUCUGCGCACCAGCCCGCCAGUGCCCAAUCAUGGACCCGGACUGGGAGUCCCCCAAGGGGGUCCCUAUUGAUGCCAUCAUCUUUGGGGGCAGGAGACCUGCAGGCGUGCCCCUGGUGUACGAAGCCUUCAAUUGGCGCCACGGCGUCUUCGUGGGCAGCGCAAUGAGAUCGGAAUCCACCGCAGCCGCUGAACACAAAGGCAAGGUCAUCAUGCACGACCCCUUCGCCAUGCGCCCGUUCUUCGGCUACAACUUUGGCCGCUAUCUGGAGCACUGGCUGAGCAUGGAGGGCCACAAGGGAGCCCGCCUUCCCAAGAUCUUCCAUGUCAACUGGUUCCGGAAGGAUGCCGCUGGGAACUUCUUGUGGCCGGGCUUCGGGGAGAACUCCCGGGUCCUCGACUGGAUCUUCCGCCGCGUCGACGGAGAGGAGAGCGCCAAGGAGACGCCCAUCGGCUACAUCCCCAAAGAUGGCGCCUUAGACCUGACAGGCCUCAACAAGGUGAACUACCAGGAGCUUUUCUCACUGCCCAAGGAAUUCUGGGAACAAGAAGUGAGGGAAGUGAGGCAGUACCUGACGGAACAAGUGAACGAGGACCUGCCCAAGGAAGUGAUGAAGGAACUGGAAGCCUUGGAAGCCCGGGUAAAGAAGAUGUGAGGCACCUGAAAAGGGAACACACCUGCUCUCCGAAAAAAGAGAGAGGCCAAAGACACACACCCUGCACCUCCUGUGGGAGAUGGAGGAGAUGACAGGGAGCUUGUUUACAAAAUGUCCCUUCCCCACUUCUUUCCAGCUACGCCUCUCUGGCCCUUCAGGAGUCGGCCAUCUUGUUUCCUUGGUCAUGAGGCAGCCAUCUUGCCUCCUAGGCAAUAUGAGCCGCGCAUACUGCUUUCUUUAUUUUCUUGAUAGAUCUGCUUUGCUUCCCCUUUCCUGUGCCACUAAUCCUCCUCUGGUUGUAGGGUGAAAGUGACCCGCCGUCUUGUUCCACCAGCUGCCCGUUGGUUCCCGUUUGGGUCUACGUUCCCUGUCUGUGUGCCAUCUUUGUUCUCGAGUGGCUUUUGACCUUUCGUAGAAUGCCUUUCCCUCCUUCUAGAGAAAGACUUUUACAUUGGGGGGGGGAUGAUGGAAAGCCUUUUGGGGAAAGGGACACCCCAGGCUAGCUUGCGGCAUGUCCUCAGAUCUUAAGUUGCUGCCUCUAACGCAGCUUUGGGUUAUGGAUGUGGAACCAGUUGUUCACCAGCCAUGAUGCAGUGGAAGCUGUACUGCAUCAAAGCAGAAGUCAUUUCUUUAGCGCCGAGAAGUUUUUGCCCCUUCAAAUUUUGCUGGACUACAACUCCCAUCAUCCCUGGCCAUUGGCCACGCCGGCUGCGGCUUAUGGGGGUUGGAGUCCUGCAAUGUCUGAAGUGCCCCCCUUUCGCCACCCCUGCCUUAGUAGAACCUCAGGACCAGCCUUCCUAUUUGUUAGCUCCAACUGAAUCAUAGAACUGUAGAGUUGGAAGGGACCCCAAGGGCCAUCUAGUCCAACCCCCCUGCAAUGCAGGAGUCACAGCACAAAAUCCCUGACAGAUAGCCGUCCAAACUACUUAGAAACCUCCAGUGAGGGACUGGAACAAGUAAGUGCUAAUCCUUCGCUUCUAGGCCAAUUGCUAACACUUGACAUCAACUGGAACGCGGCGGCCACAUCCAUGCAUUUGCCUAGCCUCUCCCGCUAUUUCUUUUGGUUGCUAAACGAACUUACGACACUGCCUUAGACCGAGUCUGACCCAUUAGCCUUAUUUUAUCCACCGACAGCUGGUUGCUCUCAAGAGCCCUUGGAGAGAAGCCUUUGCUGAUCAGCGAGGGAUGCCAGGACUCAUCCUGGGACUUCUUAGCACACAUGCCACUGAGCUUAUGUGGCUCCUAUGAAUGUACUAUGCUCCCUCGGGAAUCCGUUCAGCGAUCUUUUUAGUUGGCAUGAGGUUUCAUGCCGACGCCCUUCCUUGGUUCCAUAAACCCCUUGGUUGUUUAAACCCACAUUCCCCCCUCUUCCGGACCUCCUUUACAUUGGGCAUACUUGAACAUCACACAUAAGGGACCAAUCCCACGAGGCCCGUAAGAGAUUGUAAGGCAUUUGACAAAGUCAUACAGUACUUUCUCUCCUUCGUGCCCACCCAAUAUGUGGCGCGGCCCGCAGGAUUUAUGGUUUGUAAAUCAGGGAACGGGGGAGAAGGCUUCGACGGUUCUUCCGCGCUAGAGAGCACAUUUUUGCACUUCAAAUGUCCACAAGAAUGUAAGGAGAGCCUGCUGGAUCAGGUCAGUGGGUCAUCUCAUCCAGCAUCCUGUUCUCACAGCAGCUAACCAGAUGCUCCGGGGAGCGGGGUGGAUCCACAAGCAGGAUUUUAGCACGAGCACCCUCCCCUCCUCCGUUUUUUUGUGGGUUUUUUUGAGCCCAAGACGCCAAUUGCUGUUUUGGUUCCAAGUUUACCAGAGUUGUACUUUGUACAAUCAGCCUCUGAUCCCCCCCACUUAUCUAGCUUCAAACCUGUGAAUGGGGUGUGUGGGGCGGAAUGCAACUAAACCAUCAAGCUCAUUGCCAAAACCAUAAUUUUGUUGCCUGCCUUUGAAAUCUC